UACAUACUCACCCACUGACACACCUUCUGUUUAAGGUGUGUCUGUACCUGUGGGGGGAGGCGGGACUUCACACACGUCUCCAAACCGAAGCCCGACCCGUUUUCAGAGGACGCUCUGCCAUCCCGUGUGUCACAUAAAGCAAACUGUCGUCUUCGCCACCAUGUCUGAGAAUGCAGAGUCCCACUCGCACACCAUCACCACCAACCGCAACUGCACGGUUGAGAUCACCAAUGUCAGCUCCGUCUUCUGCCUCGUCAACCCCAAGGUGCACAUGGAAAGCGGCUUCGUCUACAACCCGCCGCAGCCGACCCUGCGCACCGCCAAGACCGAAGUGUGCUCCUUCACCAAGGACGACAACACGGCGUCGGGCGCCGUGGGGGUCAUGACCUACGAGCUGUUCGACAUGCAGAGACGCCACUGCAACGAGAUCGUCGCCAUCAUGUUCUCGGUGCCCUUUGACUACAGCUUCUACAAGAACUGGCUCGGCGUGGGCAUCUUCGAGCACACACACCCCUGCGACGGCAAGUUGUUCGACCAAAUGUACAAGGGCAAGGACUUCACCAACUUCGUGCGCAGCGAGGCCAACGGCUCGGGGGUGACCUAUCGGGGCCGCAUGGUGGACGUGAGGGCGUGCAUGUCUGAUGAGGGCAAGGCCAUCAUUAAGCUGGAGCUGUACGACAAGAUGGGCAGAUGAAGGGCGUCACGAGUGCGUUUGUGUCGUUCACGUCAUGUACGGGCGUUUUAAACAAAUAAAAAAACCUCAAUGAAGUGGA